AUGGCCUUGAGACCUGGUGAUGUGGUGCUUGUGCGUUACGACGAUGACCUUUGGCACGAAAGGCUGAUUUUGUUUCACAUACAAGGCCACGAGUAUGUGGUGUGCUCUCCAGACUACGACAUCUUCGUGGAGCAGUUGGACGCCCAGAACCCGGACCUCACGGGCAUCCGAUUCCCGGCGGCGCCAGGCGCGGCCGUCAUGGGGGUCGGCCGGGCGCGCGCGUUCAGCCCCCGGCCGACUGCCGCCCAGCAGCAGCAACUCCUCGCGGAGGGACAGCAGGUUGGGGCGGCCGAGCUCACGGCGAGAGGGCUCCCGGCCGCGGCGCCACCAGGCGCGCCGGUUGCGGGGGCUGCUGGAGCCGCGCCCGCGGCCGUCUUGCCAGCGGGCGGUGCGGCAGCUGCUGCCAUCGUGCCAGCGGUCGCGGCAGCCCCGCCUCUGGCCGCCCCCGCUGCCGCGGCUGGCGCUGCAGCAGCGGCGCCCGUGGCGCCGGCGGCCGCGGCGCCCGCGGCCGCCGCGGCGGCCCCCGCGGUGCGCAGGAUCGCCGGGGUCGGGGGCGCCUGGGUGCUGGACGAGCCCGCCGCCGGCUUCAGCGUCGGGUUCGAGGUGCAGGCGCCCGCCGGGAUCCACGUCGUCGACUCCCGGGCCUUCCUGGGCUUCAACGGGCGGACGCGCGCCUUCAGGCUCCUGGCGGCGGGGACCGACAUCGAUCAAUAUGUGAUGCAGCGGCAGACCGAGCUGGCCAUCGACAGGCGUACCAUCUCGGUCGACCCGACGGGGAGGCCCCGCGCCUUCGCGGAGUGCGCCGCUGAGAUGAUCGAGGACCCUAACGUGAAGUACUCGCUCUCCGGCCCGCGCACUGGCGGCUACCUCGUCGAGAGGACGGCGCGCGGGGGCGGAGGGGGCCUCGUACAUGAGCACGACAAGUGGGUAGCGGAGUCAGGCGCCAAGCCUCGCGACCGCUCGGUGCACGAGCACCAGGUCCUCACGAAGGCGCUGCAGAUCGGCGCGACCGAGGACGGGCUCAACCUCAGGAACCUGGGCAUGGCGGAGCUGCCGUUCAGGAGGAAGCAGCUCAUCGAGGAGGUGCACGCAGACAACCCGCAUAAUCCGAGCUGGGACGGCUGGGAGCACUACCUCGGCAUCGAGGAGCGCAAGGGCGGCGCUGGCAUGGCCCCCUCGCUGCGGCAGCACGUGGCCAGCGAGAUGGGCAAGCAGGCCGCCGUCGACAAGGAAAAACGCAAAGCACGAGAAGCGAAGAAAGGCGGAAAGUCCGGCAAGGACGAUUCCGCCAAUAAGGACUCCAACGCGGCCGUGGAGGCGCUGAACGCCCUGUACGGCUGCGAGACGGCACCUGCCAGCACCAUCAACGAUGCGCAGGCGGCGGCUCACAGGCAUAUCCUUCGGACGAUCUCCUCAGCUACACCUUCAAUACCUGUGCCUACGCCUGAGGAAGCUUCACGAGAGUUUCUCGGGCAUCGUCUCGAUUAUCACGGCGACGGCAGCGCAGUGGUGCCGUACGAUGGCUCGAAGGUCUCGUUGCCCGACGGCUCGUCGCCCCCGGUGCCGCUCGCGGACGUCCUCCCACCUCGGCUCAGCGAGGUGGUCCGCAUUUUUGAGGACUUGAUGCUCUCGGACAGGCCAGAGGAUGACGUUAAGGCCGAGCAGGCCCAGGUCGCCCCCUACUUCGACGAGAGGCUCAGGGCCGACCGCUCCCUCUACAUCUCCUUCCUUGCCCGGAUGGCUGCCGCGGCUGGAAUCGCGGCCGAGCAAACGGUGGUCGGCUCCUGGCCGGUGCCGCCCUUGGACACCGGCCCGAUCACCCUGCCCUACUGCGACAACGUCACGGUCUUCGGACUUUCUGCGGACAGGGCCCUCGGCGUCCGGGACCGCAUCCUGGAGGGCUUCCAGGACGCUGGGUUCCAGAUGCACGACAUCACCGAGGCCGAGCCGCUGGGCACCGUCUUGGGGGCCUCGGUCGGGGGCGAACCCGCGACCGUGCGGCGGAGCAUCGACCGCAUGUGGCUCAUCAGAGGGGCCUUGCUCUGGAUGGCCUCCCAGAAGCGGGCCUCGGGAGAGCAGGUUGAGGCGCUCAUCGGGCAUUUUGUCUCUGCGGCCAUCUUCCGUCGGCCGGCUCUCAGCAUCCUCCGAGCUUGCUACGAAUUCACCAGAGUCGCCGGGAAAAACCAUAUUGACCUCUGGGCCUCCGUCCAGUAUGAGUUCUGGCUCAUGGCGGCCGUCCUCCCCGUCCUCUCCUCCGACAUGUCGUUGGGCUGGGCUGGCGAAGUCUGGGCUACCGACGCGUGCAAGUCUGGGUACGGGGCUUGUAAGAGGAUCCUCUCCAGCAGGGAAGUCGGGGACAUCGGGCGGUGGAACGAGAGGUGGAGAUUUCGGCGUCUACAACCUUCAGAAUGGGCCCCUCGGGCCCGGGCUCUGGGAGAAUUUGACGCGGUGGUAGAUCCUCGUACUGUCGAUCCGGAUGGCUCCGUACCAGCUGAUAGGCGAUGGAUUGAGCGCGAGGGUUUCCCCGAGGUCCCUUUCGAGGUCUGCCAGAAGGGCCACUGGAAGACUGUGUAUGCGGGGAGGUUUCGCUACUGCGAGUACAUCGGUGUCUUGGAGGGGAGGGCUUUCCUGUGGGCCCUGCGUCGCGUUGCCCGCUAUCCUGAAUGUCACGGGGCCCGCAGGCUCUUCCUGGUCGACAACUACGGGCUCGCGCUGGCCCUCACGAAAGGCAGAGCCACGAGCUUUGGAUUCUUGCAGGUUUGUCGCAGGUCCGCAGCCAUUCAGCUCGCGGCCAACCUGAGCUGCUCGGCGCGGUGGAUCCCGUCAGAGUGGAACCCGAGCGAUGAGCCAUCCCGCCUCUUCGAGCGGGCUGCUGCGAGUCGUCGCGCUGUCGGCCGUCCAGAACGCGGCUGGCGGGAGCACCUCGACGGCCGCGGGCCCUGGUCGCCGGAGAGCCGCGGGAGGCCGGGGAAAGGGGCCGACGGCCGCCAGGCGCGCCGGGCAGAGCAGGCUGGUGGUCCGCGGGCCGCCGCCCUCGGCGACAGCUGCACGUUGCAGUGCGAGACCUACUUCGACGCGUUCCGCAGAUGGGUCGCAAACGAGGUCAAGGAGCCUCUCCCGUCCACCGCCUCGGCCCUGUCGAACCUCCUCCUGGAUUACCUGGACGUGCUGUUAGAGGAGGGGAACGAGUACGGGGACGCCGAGAAGGUGGUCGCAGCUGUCAAGCACCACAUGUUCUCGGUGCCAGGUGUCAACGUCAUGCCGAGAGUGACCAGGGCGCUGAAGGGCUUCAGGAAGAAACGGCCCCCUCGGUCGAGGGCCCCGAUCCCGAGGCUCGUGAUGGCGGGCCUCGUGACUGUCCUCAAGUUCUGGGGCCUCCACGACCUGGCGUUGAUGGUACUGAUGUCCUGGGUCGCUUACCUCCGGCCGGGAGAGGCGCGAGGCCUAAAAGUGAAGGACCUGGUCGCUCCCGUGGGCCGGAAGCGCCGCCGCGGCCAGCAGUCGGCCCUCGACCACUGGUCCAUCGUGGUGGCGCCGCAGGAAGACUACGUGGUCAGCAAGACGGGGACUUUCGACGACGCGAUUGCCUUGGACUCGCCGAGCUGGGCGGGCCCUGCCCUGGAGAAAGCAGCGGGGCGCCGGGCGGGCGAGGAGCUGCUCCUGUCGGUCGAGGCGGGUCUGGCAGUCAGCAAGUUCAGAGCCGCCGCGACGCCCCUCGGGCUGCCUGGGCUGUGCCUCUACCAGCUGCGACACGGAGGGGCGUCCGGAGACCUCCUCACAAAGGCGAGGGGGCUCUCGGAGAUCAUGGCCCGGGGGCGCUGGCUGUCGGGGGUUUCGGUGCGAAGGUGCGCCAAGGCGGGGCAAGUGCAGAAGCUGCUCCACGCGCUGCCGCGCGACGCCAAGCUGUUCUGCGAGUGGGCCGACGAGAACCUGCAGGGGAUCAUCGAGGGCGCGGUGGCGCCCAGGCUCCCGGCGGGAAGCUCAGCAGGCCCCCAGGCCGCCCGCGCCGCGGCGUCGUGA